AUGUCUGGGACCGAGGCACAGGACGCUGCAGAUAAGUACCUUAGCUUUACUGUUGCCGAGUCCCACCAAGUCUCUCAGACUUUCGCUCUGAUCCAGCCAGAGCUCGCCGCUGUCAAAAUUUGGCACUCUGAGGGUGAAACAGCAGAACCGCCUGCGACACCACAUCUGGAUCGAGUAGCCAGGCUUUGUGCGCGUGUCGGAUUGGAUCGAAAACUAUAUAUCGAACUCCUUUCAAUCUGUGAUGGACGCGACAAAACAGCGCAUCACCCACCACCGCACUUCGAGAAGCACCUCGACCAAAACAAAAUGGUCAAAUGGUCCGAGAUCUACGAUGCUUGCAAUAAACGAAAGCGCAACUAUCGAAAGCUGAUGAGAAAAGGCAAAAUCACUCAAGAUCAAUAUGCACUCUUCAGAAAAGCUAUCGACGCCUGGUAUAAAGUCUACGUCAGCGGUUGGAAUGCAGAUGGUACCCCGAUAUUAGAAGAGGGCGCUGCCACGGCUGUCAAGACAUAUCUGAAAAAGCGUGCCAAGCAAAACCUACCCGCACCAACGAUACCUGAUAGCCCCUAUCAAGAGGGCAAGUGGGACGAUAUCCUUUAA